AGUGUGUGGCUGCACCAAGGCUCAGCUGCCCCAGCCAUGAGCUGGCACACCUGGUUCCCCUUGCAGYACAUGCCCAAACCCUUCUGGAGAGUGGAGACGCACAACACAAGCAACUUCUUCUCUGCACUGUACGGCUUCCCUAACCAAUCCUUCUUUGAUGGUGACUUGGACCUGGAGGACCUGGGGGACUUUGACAGAGGAGCUAAGUAUGAGGGUGAGUCCCAGAGCCGGACAGUGAAAGCGCUGCUGAUCGUUGCCUACUCUGUGAUCAUCUGCAUCUCACUCUUCGGCAACAUCCUGGUGUGCCACGUGGUGAUCAAGAACAAGAGGAUGCACUCUGCCACCAACCUCUUCAUCGUCAACCUGGCCAUUGCUGAUGUGAUGAUCACCACUCUGAACACCCCCUUCACACUGGUUCGGUUUGUGAGCAGCACCUGGGUUUUUGGAAAGCUGAUGUGUCACGUCAGCCGCUUUGUUCAGUACUGCUCUGUCCACGUGUCUGUGCUGACUCUUGCUGCCAUUGCUCUGGACCGGUACCAGGUGAUCAUGCAUCCUCUUAAGCCACGCAUGUCCAUGGUGAAAGGAGGGAUUUGUGUCAUCAUCAUCUGGGUUAUGGCCAGUUGCUUCUCUCUGCCUCAUGCCAUUUAUCAGACCCUUACAAGGUUUUAUAUUGGAAACCAAACCAUCCGAAUGGUCUGCCUCCCCAGCUUCCCUCCUCCYGCUGAUCUUUUCUGGAAGUAUUUGGACCUGACUACGUUUGUUCUCUUGUAUGUCCUGCCCCUGCUUGUGAUCUCCAUCACAUACACCAUGGUAGCCAAGAAGCUCUGGCUGAGGAACGCCAUCGGGGAYCUCACCAUGGAGCAAUACUAUGCCCAUCAACGGAAGAAAAAGAUGACGCUGAAGAUGCUGAUGGUGGUGGUGGUUGUGUUUGCCCUGUGCUGGUUUCCCUUGAACUGCUACGUGGUGCUCAUCUCCUGCAGGGCCAUCCACAGCAGCAAUGCUCUGUACUUUGCUUUUCACUGGUUUGCCAUGAGCAGCACCUGCUACAACCCGUUCAUCUACUGCUGGCUGAACGAGAGUUUCCGCACGGAGCUCCGGUCYCUGCUGUGCGUGUGCCGGCGCAGGAGCAUGACCCAGGGCCAUGCUCUGCAGGCCAUCUCCCUGCCCUUCCGGCACGCCAAGGCUGAGAACUGCCGSUGCAAAAGAAGCAGCAUCUGCCCAAAGGCACAGACAUCCCCGCAGAGGAACUCUGCAAAGACAGACAUAGCCAGUGUGCAGCCAAUUAUGGCAGAAAGCUGAACCCUUCRUCUGACAGCUGGGCAGCAUCACAUUAUGAUUGCGGAGUCAUGGGGAAAAUGGAUUUGGAAAGGC